AGAGAAUUUAAUCCCGCAGUCUAAAGACUUUUUUCUUAACUCGCAAGAUGUUUACCUCACGUGCACCAGCAAGAAAAGCUUUCAGCAUCUUGCAUAAACGCAUCCAAUUACAACAAUGUUCACGCAGCAACAAAACGCGAUCAAUAUCAUCUUGGGUCACACCUCUCAUUAUUGUAGCUGGCGUACCAACCGGACUCUACCUGUAUAAGUAUAGUGCGUCAUGCUUGUUCUCUUUCAGAGCAAACUCAUUUACAUGGGCUACAUUCCCCCUGGGUCGCGUCAUGAACGUUUCACGUCGGAUAAGGCUAUAGGCGGUUUGAGUAUAACGGAACAGACAGUAUGGACGCCCGACAAAAAGCAACUUAGAGGAUUUGCAGUUGAACGAAGCGACGUGAAACAAAAAGAAGAGCAACAACAACCCAUCAUUAUCUAUUUUCAGGGUAAUGCAGGCAACAUGAUUCAUCGACUCGACUUGUUCAACACCAUGCUGAAAGCAGUACCUAAUGCCACUAUUGUGGGCAUAUGCUACCGUGGUUUCGGAAGUAGCUCAGGGCGCGCGUCUGAACGUGGAUUGAGGAUUGAUGCACAAACGAUUUUGAAUCAUGUAUGCUCAACGUAUGACAGCGCCGAUAACAACAGCAGCAAAAGGAAAAGGCCAAUUUACUUGUAUGGACACAGUUUGGGGGGUGCCGUAGCGAUUGGGCUGCUGGCAGCAAGCAAUCCAGAAAAGCAGCAUAGGAUACAUGGAUUGAUUAUCGAAAACACGUACACCAGCAUCCAAGCCAUGGUUCAAGCAUUGUACCCACGCUACACACCGUAUCCUUUUAUUGCAAAAUAUUUUCUAUGGAACCAUUGGCCCAGUCUGGAGCACAUCAGCAAGAUAAAAACGCCCAUUUUGCUCCUUAGUUCGGAAAAGGACGAGAUCGUCCCGCCUGAUCAUAUGCAUCAAUUGUAUGAUGCUGCAAGUAAAAGCAACAGUAGUACUACAAUUGCCAAGUUUCGAAAAUCGACACACAUGGACAUGUAUCAGGUCGAGCCAGCUUUGUAUAAAUCAGCUCUUUCAUCGUUCAUUGACGAUAAUAAAGUAGGCAAGUUGGAUGCCAGAUCCGGUGAUUAAAAUACACUUUGUCGUGUACAGUAUCUGGGCUAUGCAACUACGAGUAUCCGGUAGUAGUCCUUCAAUGCGCAAGACGUGUUCAAUUUCUGGAAGAACUGAUUCAUCCUCAAUAGUAGCUGGUACUUUUAUGGGUUUGCCAUCGACCAUAUCACGGAUACAGCGUCUCAACACUUUACCGCUUCGCGUCUUGGGAAGACGCGAGACGAAUACGGCCUUGUCAAAACAGGCAAUGGCACCUAGAUCUCGUCUCGUAGCAGCAACCAAUUCUUGCAAUAGUUUGGUCAAGUCGACUCCAUCGCCGUUCCUUAGCACGACAA